UGCUGAAGCAGAAGCAGACAAGAUUAAAAAACCAUAUCUUCCAGAAAACAAGCCAGGUGAAAGUAAUCAUUCCUUUGUUGAUAACCUGAACCUGCUAAAGGCAAUAACAGAAAGGGAAAAAAUUGAGAAAGAGAGACAAUCCAUAAGAAGCUCCCCAUAUGAUAAUAAACUGAAUGUGGAAGAUGUUGAUUCAACCAAGAAUCGAAGACUGAUUGAUGAUUAUGAUUCUACUAAGAGUGGACUGGAUCAUAAAUUUCAAGAUGACCCAGACGGCCUUCAUCAACUAGAUGGAACUCCUUUAACCGCUGAAGACAUUGUCCAGAAAAUUGCUACAAGGAUUUAUGAGGAAAAUGACAGAGGAGUAUUUGACAAGAUUGUUUCUAAACUCCUGAAUCUUGGCCUAAUCACAGAAAGCCAGGCACACACACUGGAAGAUGAAGUAGCAGACGUUUUACAAAAAUUGAUCUCUAAGGAAGCAAACAAUUAUGAGGAGACGCUCAAUAAUCCCACAAGCAGGACUGAGAGUCAGGCUGGAAAAAUACCAGAGAAAGUGGAGACUCCAAUGGCAGCAAUUCGAGAUGGUUUUACUAAUGGAGAAAAUGAUGGAACAGUAUCUAACACCUUAACCUUGACAGAUGGCUUAGAAAGGAGAACUAAAACCUACAGCGAAGACAACUUUGAGGAACUCCAAUACUUCCCAAACUUUUAUGCAUUACUGAAAAGCAUCGAUUCAGAAAAAGAAGCAAAGGAAAAAGAAACACUGAUUACUAUCAUGAAAACGUUGAUUGAUUUUGUGAAGAUGAUGGUAAAAUAUGGCACAAUAUCUCCAGAAGAAGGUGUUUCCUACCUUGAAAACUUGGAUGAAACUAUUGCUCUUCAGACCAAGAACAAGCUAGAAAAAAAUGUUACUGACAAUAAAAGCAAGCUUUUCCCAGCACCAUCAGAGAAGAGUCAUGAAGAAACAGAUAGUACCAAGGAAGAAGCAGCUAAAAUGGAAAAGGAAUAUGGAACCUUGAAAGAUUCCACAAAGGAUGAUAACCCAAGAGGAAAAACGGAUGAGCCAAAAGGGAAAACAGAAGCCUAUUUGGAAGCCAUCAGGAAGAACAUCGAGUGGUUGAAGAAGCAUAACAAAAAAGGAAAUAAAGAAGAUUAUGACCUUUCAAAGAUGAGGGACUUCAUCAACCAGCAAGCUGAUGCUUAUGUGGAGAAAGGCAUCCUUGAUAAAGAAGAAGCUGAUGCCAUCAAGCGUAUUUACAGUAGCCUGUAAAAAUGGCAAAAGAUCCAGGAUUCUUUCCACUGUUUCAGAAUUCAUAAUAUAGCUUAAAACUCUUCUAAUUCUGUGAUUAAAAUUAUUUUGACCCAAGGAUUAUUAGAAAGUGCUGGAUUUACAGUAGUUAACCUUUUAGAAGUGGUUAAAACAUAGCUUUCUUGCCAUAAAAACUAUCUGAAAAGUAAAGUUGUAUGUAAGCUGAGAUUUUAUACCUAGAAUUCUUAUUUCCCUGUAGAUUUCAAUUUUAUAAUCAGAGAUAUGUUGCUUUGGGAAAGCCUGUAAUGGACUCAACUUAAAAAUGAAACUUUUACCUUCUGUGUCACACAUAUACGCACCCCUGAAGAAUUAGAGGGCAGUUUUCAAGGCAUGCUGGGUACCAAAGCACCUCAUAGCAUAUGUCUGUUACAAGAUAUCAUUUUCACUACCAGUUCCCUUUUGGUUGAAAUAAAUUCACAUUUUCUCAAAACC